AUGUCUACAUUCAGUUCCGUCGUCCGUAAGCCCGGACAAAAGAUCACACCCAAGACCGCCCCGAGACGCAAUGUGCAAAGACAUCCCGCACGACCCGCUGCUCCCCCGUCAUUGACACCUGAAAGCCAGAGUGCAACGGAUAUCCAGGACGUCGUCGAGGAAAGGACUGUGACCGAAGCCCGAACAGUGACCGAAAACCGGACUGUGGACGAAAGCCUGACUGUGACUGAAAGCGAACGGGGCCACGCAGACCGGACUGUGACACCUGAUGAUGGUCAAGUUGUCAAGCGCCCUAAGGAACAGCAUGGAACUGAGGCACAUUUGGCCACAAGUGACACUCAGGUACCAGCUCAGGCGCAGCCGAUUCUCGAGUCGACUGAGAUUCCCCCGAGCUCAGCGCCCGUCGAGACAUCUGUGCCGCUCUCUGUUCCCCUGGAGACUGUCGCUAGAUCUUCCCCAGAAGCAUCGCCAAGUAUAACCGCUCCCACACCAGUUGAUGCGGUUGAAGUGAUUGUGCCCAGCAGCGCGGGCCCCGAUGCCACCAUCAUUCACCCCGUUCACCUUACAACAAGUCCUGUCAGGACCCUCUCCAUCCCUGUUAUUACCACCUCUGGGGCAUCCACCGCGCCUAGAAGAUGCCGCACGAAUGAAUUAACUCCAGCACCAUCCGAAGUUUCGAACCACGCGAUCGACACAGGAGAAGAGAGUCCUGAACAAUCCCCAGGACGUUCGAACAAGAGGCAGAAGAUUACACACCCAACUGAAACAAACAAUGAAACAGAGUCUAGAGUUACACCGCCAUUGACCGAGAACACGCCGCUUAUACUCAGGAGUAGUCCGCGACACAGACGAAGCGAAUCAAGAACAUCCGAGGCAUUGUUGCAAGAUGCGACCAGUCAGGCUGCCGCUGUAUCGGAACUUGCACAUUCCAUCGAAAACAGCGCGAGAUCCCUAAGGCCACGCUCAACUCGCGCUGCGGUAUCGACGACGGAAACGGAGUCUCCGGAUGAAGACGUAAGCGAGGCAGAGAUAUACGAACCAACGAGGCGAAAAGGGACUCGGAGAAAACAGCAACGAGCACAAGCGAUCGAAGACAUUGCUCGUCAAGUGGUCGAGAAUGCUGUAGGUGGGAGUGGACGUGGCAGGCAACGUCGUCUGUCACGACUUCCGACGCCUGAGGAUGCCGAAGAACGCAGUAUUGAUCCCGAAGAAAUUUCCAUGGGUGAUCUCGUGAGGGACAACAAACUGGGGAAAAAGUCCGAAACCGAAAAGAAAAUGCAACAGAACUGGGAAGAUAUCAAGCGACGAAGGCAAGAGGAGGUUGAACGACGAAGAGAAGCCGCUGCACAGAGAAAGCAUGGAAGACAAAUCUUGACCUCGAAUCAGGACGCCCCUGUUGAAGAGAGUCAGGUACAUGUCCCUCAGCAAAUCAUCGUCAACGGGCAGAUUGUCGUCGCAGCCGAGUCUCGAGAAGUUGCAUUCGGUGCCGGUGUGGAGCAGGCCGUGAUCAAAGAUGCAGAUGUUGCACUUGAAGAUGACCGUAUUUACAAAUACGUUCACCAAGGGACCUUGGGGAAACACGCCGGUCGACGGCGUGGGACGCGGUGGGACGAUGAGCAGACAGAACUGUUCUACAAGGGCUUACGAAUGUUUGGAACCGAUUUCAGCAUGAUAGCCAAUCUCUUCCCGUCCCUAGAUCGUAAACAGAUCAAACUAAAGUUCCUCAUCGAGGAACGAGCACAUCCGGUUCGGGUGAAACGAUCAGUGGCAGCAAAAGAGCCGGUGGAUAUCGACGAAUACUCAAUGCUGACGAACCAGCAAUUUGAGGAUCCGGCUGCCCUGCAAGCAGAGCUGGACGCUGAAGAGAAGAGACUACGGGAGGAGGAUGAACGCCGGCGUGCGAACGAGGGAUACGUCGUUGAUAGUGCCGACAUUGCGUUGCCAUCGACAGAAAGGGAUCGUGAUCACAUUGAUGGUGCUGAGAGCAAUGAUACGGGGGCCACAGGUCGUCAAGAACAUAUCGCACAUCUUGCCCGGGGAGCUGUGGCGACAGUUACCGCACCGGCGAGAAAGCAAGGCCAAUUGCGCAAGAAGGAGCCCCUCGGACGGGGAAGACAAGGAAAGAAAGGAAGAAUACCUAUGGAAGGUGUUGAGGAGAGGAUCGGCCCUAUCGAAGAGGUCUAUCAAUAA